CUCGUUGCAGGUGUCCUGUCUCUGCGGCUCUGCACCAUGUCUGCUCUGUGGCUGCUGCCCUUCAACCAAGAACUCCACCAUCUCCCGCCUCCUCUUCACCUUCUUCCUCUUCCUCGGCACCCUCGUGUCCAUCAUUAUGAUAAUCCCCGGCGUGGAGAAGGAGCUGCACAAGCUCCCUGGCUUCUGUGAAGGCAGCGGAUCGGUCCUGGGGGUCCAGACCCACGUUGACUGUGGCAGCUUCCUGGGCCACAAAGCCGUGUACCGCAUGGGCUUCGCCAUGGCCGCCUUCUUCUUCCUCUUCGCUGUGAUCAUGGUGUGUGUGCGCAGCAGCAAGGACCCGCGAGCUGCCGUACAGAACGGUUUCUGGUUCUUCAAGUUCCUGGUGCUGGUGGGGAUCACAGUGGGGGCCUUCUACAUCCCCGAUGGUGCCUUCACCUCAGUCUGGUUUUACUUUUGUGUGGUUGGCUCGUUCCUCUUCAUCCUCAUCCAGCUCGUCCUCCUCAUUGACUUUGCCCACUCCUGGAGCCAACUGUGGCUGCGCAACGCGGGCGAGAGCAACGCCAAGGGCUGGUACGCAGCCCUCUGCAUUGUCACCUUCAUCUUCUACGCCACCUCCAUUGCGGCCAUAGUCCUGCUCUAUGUCUACUACACCAAACCUGAGGGCUGCACAGAGGGCAAAGUCCUCAUCAGCAUCAACCUCAUCCUCUGCCUCAUCAUCUCUGCUGUGUCCAUCCUGCCCAAGAUCCAGGAUGCUCAGCCACACUCAGGGCUGCUCCAGGCAUCUCUCAUCACCCUCUACACCAUCUACGUCACCUGGUCUGCCCUGGCCAAUGUACCCACCCAGACCUGUAACCCCACACUGCUGGUGAGGAACAGCACCGGCUCGGCGAUGACCACCCAACCACUGACCACCUGGUGGGACGCCCCAAGCAUCGUGGGGCUGAUAAUCUUCAUCCUCUGCACCCUCUUCAUCAG